AUGGCAAAUAUAGCAACUAAGUCUUUAUUAGUAAUAGCAAGUGCAGCAAUUUUGGCAACAGGAAUGUAUAUAAGAGUCUUAAAUAAAAAAAAAUAAAAAAAAAAUAAUAAUAAUAAUAAUAAUCAUAAUAAUAAUGCAUCUAUUGUAUCCAGUUAAGUACAACAAAAUGAAGAGUAGAUAUCAGAAGUAGGUGUUACUUAAACUUCUUAAUAAGUAAUUAAUAAAACUUCUUAAUAACUAAUUAAUUAAACUCAAAUAAACAAUGAUGAAGAUUCAUCUAGUAUUUAUAGUGUAGAUUUCAUAAACAGAGUAAAUAAAGAAUUGAAAGCAUUUCAAGAAACAUAAAUGCCUCUAUCUUUUGAAGUUUUAAUGACAAUAACAGAAGCAGGUUUUAAAUUAGUUGCUUAACAAUACAGUUUAAAUUAAUAGAAAAAUAGAGAUGGUAAUAAUUAAUUAAUUUUAGAGAGAAGAAGAAUAUUAAAUAAUCCAUAAUAAUAUACUCUGAGUAUUUUAGAAUUUAAUAAUGAGUUAGAGACACUCAUUAAUUAAAAACAAUUGGAUAUUUGCUCUAAACUUAGAAUAUCUUCAGAAAUAUAUGAAAAUAGCUUUAUUCUAUAAUUUUAAACUUAAGCCGCUUUAGAAAGAUUUAUAGUGUUUUAAUUAUCUUUAAGAUAGAAAUUAAUGUAAUUAAUUUUAUUAAUUGAUUAAGAGCAUCAAUUCCUAGCAAAAAAGAACUCAGCGAAUAACAAUUAGCCUAAGUAGCAAACAUUCAAUUGAAAAAGCUUGAUGAUAUUAAUUUUUUCAAAAAUUACCUUAAAACAUUACAAGUAAUAAAAUUAAUCUAUUUAAGGGGGAUGACUUAUAAUUUGGGUCAGUUAUUAUUACUGUUUUAUUAUCAGAUAUUGUAUAUUAGUAACUAGGUUUUGAAGAAGAGGAUAUUUUGAAAGCUGUUCUUGCAUAUCCUAUCUUAAAGAAUUAACUCAGUUUAAUUCAAUAAAAGGUUUAGGCUCUUAUGGAGAAUUGUUUAUAAUGAG